AUGGCGGCGGCCUCAGCAGCCAGGACCUGUGCCACAGUUGCCGCGCAUCAGUUUUUCUGCCACUUUUGCAAGGGCGAGGUCAACCCCAAACUACCGGAAUAUGUUUGUCCCAGAUGUGAAUCAGGCUUUAUUGAAGAAGUGACAGAUGAUUCCAGUUUUUUAGGUGGUGGUGGCAACCAGAUGGACAAAAGCACAUCAACACAUUUCACAGAGUUCUGGCGCAAUUUGGACCACACGAUGAUUAUACAAGAUUUUAGACCAUUUCUAAGUAGCAAUGCACUGGACCAAGAUAAUAGAGCCAAUGAGAGGUGUCACCAAACUCACACUGACUUCUGGGGACCAAGUCGACCUCCUCGGCGAUACAGAUCGCAAGGAAGCACUCGUCCCGACAGAUCCCCAGCAAUUGAAGGAAUAAUACAACAGAUCUUUGCAGGGUUCUUUGCAAAUUCUGCAGUUCCUGGUGGAUCCCCUUUUACCUGGAGCGGGAUGCUGCACUCCAACCCUGGGGACUAUGCCUGGAGUCAAACAGGGCUUGAUGCCAUUGUCACCCAGCUUUUAGGACAGCUGGAAAACACGGGGCCUCCCCCAGCUGACAAGGAAAAGAUCACAUUUCUUCCAACAGUGGCAGUAACUCAGGAACAAGUUGAUAUGGGUUUAGAGUGUCCAGUAUGCAAAGAAGAUUACACAGCUGAAGAGGAAGUCCAGCAGUUACCCUGCAACCACUUCUUUCACAGCAGUUGUAUUGUGCUGUGGUUGGAACUGCACGAUACAUGUACUAUAUGUAGGAAGAGCUUAAAUGGUGAGGACUCUACUUGGCAAAUCCAGAACUCUGAGGCCUCUGCAAGCAACAGAUUUAGCAGUGACAACCAGCUACAUGACCAAUGGACUUUCUGAAUCUAA